AUGGAAUUAAAAAUAGUCAGAACUAAGGGAAAAAGAGUUUGAAUUGAAUUCUUGAUUUAUCUAUAAGGAUUCAAAAGGCAAAGAAAAAGAUAGAAACCCGUGAAUAGAGAUUCGGUAAACCUUUUUCAUUCAAUCUAUGUAGCAGCAGCCCCAAAAAAGAAAACAGCUUUGCAAGCAUCUAUCCUGACCCACAGUUCGAAUUGACCUUUGUAUGGUCGUUCCAUCUCGAGAUAAGAAUCCAAAGAUGUUGGGCCUUAUCAGCAGACAAACCCAAACUGUUCGUUAAAAUGCUUUAAUGAAACUUCCAAGCUUACCAUAUACUACAACCUUCCACAUGCAAAUCUGGAUGGUAUUCAACAUCAGGGGAUUAAUAAGGGGAAACUAUGAAACGAAUUUCAUCACCAUUCACCAAGUGUAAGGCGCUACAACUAAUUGAUGCAUCUUAUUCGACCAUCACAGAUGUCCCAAGAAAACUAAGGAGAACAGAAAGGAAGCCAUUGGUGACGAGCAUUAACGAGCUUAAGCGCAGGGAGAGGCUGGAGAAGCAAAAGCGACAAGAGGUUCGAGAAGUUACACUGAAGCCUCCCGAGGAUGGGCUGUUAGUGAAGGGGUUAAUACCAGUAGCGCAUCAUGUUUUAGCUGCCCAAGCUGAGUUACUAGCUUGUGUUUCUACAGUUGCAGAACAUAUUCCUAUCUAUUCAUGCAGGUUGUGUGGGGAAGUUCACGUUGGUCAUACACCCCAUAAGAUUAAAACAUGUUCUGUUAGCGGCAGUGAGAAGAGCAAGGAACAUAUUUGGGAGAGAGGGGAUGUCAAACACUUAUUGCCUCUUGUAGAAUCUUUCCAUAUGUAUGAUCGGUUGGGGAGAGCCAUUUCACAUAAUGAGAGGCUUGAGGUGGAUCGGAUUCCCGCGAUUAUGGAGUUGUGCAUUCAGGCUGGGGUAGACGUGCCUGACUACCCAACCAGAAGACGGAAGUUCCCGGUUUACCAAGUGGCCGGGAAAAUGAUAGAUUUUGAGAAGAGGUUCCCCAAGGAUGAUGCUCUGUCUUGAAACCACAUCCAGACAACUGGUUUUUGGGGAACCACUAAGAGAUUAAUAACAUCAAAUGAGAAAACUUUGGGUUUGCCUCCCGAUGAUAUCAGAGGUAUUGUAUUCUUCAAAUACUAUUUCUUUUCAAUUUCUUAAGAUCCUCAAAUUGCUCCCCCUCGCUCCUAGGCGUUAUAUGAUUUCUUCAGCAGUCUACUGUUGUUUAUCAGAGAUGGGUUGUUUAGGUCUAAUUAAAUUGAGUAUAUAUGCUGAUAUAUUUGUUAUAUAUAUUCAACAUAUAUCUUUAUCUUUAAAUAAGUUAAAUAAAAUAGUAUCAUAAAUUGGAGGUCAUAUUGUUGUUUUCAUUGAUUUCAGUGCAAAAUAAGUUAGAAUACAUUUGACAAUUCUUUUUAUUAGCAGUCGUUGUGCCAACAAGAUAAAUUAGUGCACAAAUUUUUUUGUGGGUGAAAUUGCUAAAUUUGUCAAAUGGGUACUUUUAGCAUUACAGCAACAACAACAUCCAAGCCUUAUUUCCAAGCGAUUUGGGGUCGGCUAACAUGAAUUGAUCCAUGAUAUCAGAGUCAUGGGUACUUCUAGCUUUACUUUUAGAAAUUAUUUUCUUUAGUUCAUUUAACUAUAUAUUUUCAGUUUUUUUUAAAUCAGCAGGUUCUACCAAAUGAGUCAUUUCAACAGUAAGAUCAGUAGUUUCAGUAAAUUCCGUAACAUCCAUUUUAAGUCUAACCAGAUGAGCUUUUAAUGUUUGGUAAAGGAUUUUGCAGAUAAGCCGAAUACCUGCCCUACCAAAUAGCCCUUGAAAUCUGCAGACAAUGGUUAGUCUGAAGUGAGUUUUAACACAUAAACCAGUUUUAAGCUAAUAAUUCAAAAUUUCUAUGCAGGAUGUGCAGAGAGAGGAAUGGAAGUGUGGGAAGACACACGAACGGGAUCCAUACAACUAAUGCAGAAGUACGCUGUUCAAACAUGCGGAUAUUGUCCCGAAGUCCAAGUGGGACCGAAGGGUCAUAGGGUGAGGCAGUGUCAAGCCUUCAAGCAUCAAAUGAGGGACGGGCAACAUGCUUGGCAAGAGGCAACCAUAGAUGACCUUGUUCCCUCGAUCUACGUGUGGCAUGUUCUAGUUCCAUCUUCCCCUCUUCCUCUAGUUGAUGCUUUGAAGAGGUACUACGGAAAGCUGCCCGCAGUUGUGGAACUGUUUUCUCAAGCCGGGGCUCAGGUUCGUAGCAGCUAUUGUGGCGUGAUGAGAGCAGAUAUUGCUCUUCCUAGUCUAGGUGAAGAAAAGUUAGUCGUGUGAGCUGUAGCCUCACACUCCCUUGGUCAGGUGAGGAGACGUUGCUCUUCUGGUGGAUUUAUUUCGUUCUUAUAAGAAAAAGAAAUGAAAUUGUGUGAGAGUACAUGCAUGCGUACAUAAGUUUCAUAGAUAACUUGCAGAGAGAAAUGAUCAGCCCGCCUGAUCGUAAACCGCCAUGUGACUAAUUCCAAGACCAUUUGUAUAAUAAUAGUAGCAUACCAAUACUAAUGCUAAUAAUAACAAUAAUAAUAUAACAAUAUUAAUAAAUAAUAACAAUAACAACAACAUUAAUAAUAAUAAAAAUAUUGAUACUAAUAUCAACAACAACUAUAUUAAUAAUAAUAAAAGAGAAAAUCAGUUUUGAAAUUUUCUGAUCUGAUUUGAAUGUUUUUGUUAUGAUCUAAAUUAUUCUAAUAUGAUCCGAAUCUUCCUUAUUUGAUCUGCUUUCUGAUCUGAUUUGAAUUUUUCUGAUUUAAUCUAAAUCAUUAUAAUUUGAUCCGAAUGUUUCUCAUCUAAUUUGAAUUUUUCUGAUCUGAUCUAAUCUAACUAAAAUAAGAAUAAACAAUAAAAAAUAAGAAUCAGAUGAACAGACGAUAGAACCGCACAUUAGAUGGGCAAGAAAUUUGAUGAAUGGAUAUCUAAUAUCAAUGAAUGGGCAAUCCUAUAUUUACUGAAGCUCAGCCUGCUUCCUUCAUUGCUUGGAGCUCCCGAAUACCUCUUCACCACUGCACAUUGUCUAUGUAGUGUUCUGCUGUCAUGAGUCCACACCAGCCCUCCGGGCUACUCUCACAAUGUGCAUGAAAUCCUGUUUGCUGACGAGCGAGCUGCGCACUUUACCAUUUGUUCUUUUUCUCACCUCUCUGACUUACGCAACCCUCUGUUACGCAACCUCUACUCCCAUAUUUUCUUUUUUUGGUGCUCUACUGUAGGGGCAAAUAGGUACACAAAAGUGAUGAAUAGAAGUAAAUCAGCCGCUGAGGCUCCCAGCGAAAUCCUCCCAACCACAUCCUCUGGUGUUUGAUUUCCAGAGGAAACAAUUGAACUCAUAACUGGGAGAACAAUAAGCUUCUCAUAGUAGCGAGAAACUCCCAAGCAAAGGGCGAUCUGUAAAGUUAAGCUCGAAUGCAUCUGGUAUUCUGGUUAGCUAUGAAGGCAUGAAGCCAUAUAAAAAAUCUCACCGGCGUAAACUCAAAAACCCCAAAACAUCUAGGUAUUUUUUCCAUUUUUCUGAAAUUAUAUUUGAUUUUAAAUUAUUGUAAUUCAUCAUUGAGAUGAAGUAAUGUAAAACUUACCUUAAACCUAGGUUUAUAUCGAAGGCAACAUGUAGAUUGUGCUUAACCUUCAUCUAUUUUUCCACAAUUACUUUAUUUGAUUUAGAUUUUUACUAUAUGUUAAGUCCAGAUUGGUGUUAUAAG